AAACUAAGAAAAAAGUAAAAAUACAAACAAAAAAGAACACUCAAAAUUAUUGGAACCAAAAAUCGUAGUAACAAUGUCAAAAGUUAAAGCCAAAGGCAAAACAAACAGACGAACAAUUCCCAAACCAAACACAUAAAAUGAGACAAGUCGCCUGCAACAACAACAACAACAACAGCAAGAGCAAAAACAACAACAGCAACAAGAGGCGCUGGUUACAGGUCGAGGACAAUAAAGGCGCCGUGGUACAAUAACAAUAAGCAGGACAUUAAACAGGCAAUGGAAUGGAGCGUCUAUUUGGAUGACGAACUGAAGGACCGUAAGCGAAAGAUAAAGAUGAGCAGCAUACCGAAAAGAGCCUAGGCACAUACGCAGCACAUAAAAUGUGCACACUGAACAAACGUAGAAGGCUCAACGACCAGAGAGAAAAGUAAUUAAAAGAAUAUAAAAAGCAGACACAGGCUGAAAAAAAAAAAAAGGCAAACAGAAAGUUAACGGAUGAGCGCAGCAAAACGGAGGUGGGCUAACAACAACUUUGGAGCAGCAACUGGCAAUUGAUGUGGCCGAGGACAACAGCGCGCAGCAGAGCAACAACCGACACGAGAGCAACAGCAGCCGUUGUGAGGCAGCAGGAACAACAGGAGCAGCAGGAGGCAGCAGUUGGAACAGGAACAGGAACAGUGGCUCAUGCCAGUCUGCCCAUACCGAGUGCCAUUGAACUUGAAUCUAUAUCGGAUUCGGUGCUGUUGUGUCAGCUUCUGAUGCUACUCGUGCUGGCAUUGUUCUGGUUGAGCUACGCCUGGCCGCGCAGUCAAACGAUCUCGCACUGGCAGCGCAUGCAUUGAGACACAACAAGCAGACAAUUUGCAAAGGAAAACACAUACAGACACAAACACACACACCCACACACAGACACACACACACUCACACGCAUGCACUGAUGUACUGACUGAAUGCCUCGCUGCCUAAAACAACCAACUAACUCACUGACUGAGAGACUAGAGCGCCAGAAGAAAGACAAGAAGUUAAGGGAGAAGCUAGCUAGAGCAGAAGACUCAACUCAACUGUACCAGAGGAAGCAGAAGAAGCUUUACUUAACUAAUUACUGCAACUGUAACUAAAACAUCAACUAAAACUUACUUUAUAAACAAACAACAACCAAACAAAAUAAAUAAUACAAAAAACCUUUUUAAUGCCACGCAACUAACUAAAGCAAAAAACAACAACAACAUAAAGAUUUUUAACUAAGCAAUAAUUCGCACCCACGACUACCAAUUACAACCUUCCAAACUUUGUGACUUUGCCACCACGCACCACAACAACAACAACAACAACAACAGCAACAACAAAAGCAACAACAACUUGCACCACCAUGAGUGUUUCAGCAAUGGAUAAAUUAACAAUACUGACGCCCCGCACCCGCACACCCCUGCUAACAAUUUGGCUGGCCAUAAACAUGGCGCUAAUCGUACAGGAGACGGGCCCCAAACGGAGCACCACAGUGCAAUCUGCAACUGGCGGCGGCAGCAUGUUGGGUGACGUAAACAUAUCCGCUAUACUCGACUCCUUUAGUGUUAGUUACGACAAAAGAGUAAGACCCAAUUAUGGUGGACCUCCUGUCGAAGUCGGAGUCACCAUGUAUGUGCUAUCAAUCAGCUCGCUCUCAGAAGUGAAAAUGGACUUUACAUUGGAUUUUUACUUUCGUCAAUUUUGGACCGAUCCUCGUUUAGCGUAUAGAAAACGACCUGGUGUAGAAACACUAUCGGUUGGAUCAGAAUUCAUUAAGAAUAUUUGGGUACCUGACACCUUUUUUGUAAAUGAAAAACAAUCAUAUUUUCACAUUGCAACAACCAGUAAUGAAUUCAUUCGAGUGCAUCAUUCUGGAUCGAUAACAAGAAGUAUUAGAUUGACUAUCACCGCAUCGUGUCCGAUGAAUCUGCAGUAUUUCCCAAUGGACCGUCAACUGUGUCACAUUGAGAUCGAAAGCUUCGGUUACACGAUGCGAGAUAUCCGAUAUUUCUGGAGAGAUGGACUGAGUAGUGUUGGCAUGAGCAGUGAGGUCGAACUACCGCAGUUCCGUGUUUUGGGACACAGGCAGAGGGCGACCGAAAUAAACCUAACCACAGGCAACUAUUCGCGCUUAGCCUGCGAAAUACAAUUCGUGCGUUCGAUGGGCUAUUAUCUUAUACAAAUCUACAUACCCUCUGGACUGAUCGUUAUUAUAUCAUGGGUAUCAUUUUGGCUCAAUCGCAAUGCAACGCCGGCGCGUGUGGCGCUCGGUGUGACAACCGUGUUGACAAUGACCACUUUGAUGUCGUCAACAAACGCAGCGCUGCCAAAGAUUUCGUACGUCAAAUCGAUUGACGUCUAUCUGGGAACAUGCUUCGUUAUGGUCUUUGCCAGUCUACUGGAAUACGCCACCGUCGGCUAUAUGGCAAAACGAAUUCAAAUGCGAAAACAAAGAUUUAUGGCGAUCCAAAAGAUAGCUGAGCAGAAAAAGCAACAGUUAGAUGGUGUGCAGCAGCAGGCCAAUCCGAAUCCGAAUGUCGGAGGCGGACCCGGUCCUGAGCAUGGACAUGGGCAUGGUCAUCAUGCCCACAGCCAUGGUCAUCCGCAUGCGCCCAAACAAACAGUGAGUAACCGCCCAAUCGGCUUUUCAAAUAUCCAACAAAACGUUGGUACGCGCGGUUGCUCGAUAGUGGGACCCUUGUUCCAGGAGGUGAGAUUCAAGGUCCACGACCCAAAGGCACACUCCAAGGGCGGCACAUUGGAGAAUACGGUGAAUGGCGGACGUGGCGGUCCCCAAUCCCAUGGACCCGGCCCAGUGCCCGGCGGCGCUGGUCCUGGCGGUGGCGGCGGCGGCGGCGGCGGUGGAGGCGGUGGCGGUGGUGGCGGACCGCCAGAUGCUGGCGGUGAUCCGGAGGCGGCAGUCCCAGCACAUCUUCUACAUCCGGGCAAAGUAAAAAAGGAUAUUAACAAACUGCUGGGCAUAACGCCCUCGGAUAUUGACAAAUACUCGCGCAUUGUGUUUCCCGUGUGCUUUGUGUGCUUCAAUCUGAUGUACUGGAUUAUCUACCUGCACGUGAGCGAUGUCGUUGCCGACGAUCUUGUCCUGCUCGGGGAGGAAUAAAUCGCCACGCCCCCCAAGGAGGCGACGGCAACAAUGGACAACAGCGCACAAGAGAGUUAAACUGUGCAAGGCGCUGAAAAACAACAAAAAAGAAAAAUAAAAAAAAAUUAAAGCAAAAAAAAAACAGAUGAUUAACCAAAAACUAAUUUUAACUAGCGAUAUGGAGAAAUGCAAAAGGCAACAUAUUAUUGUUAAAUACUAAAAAUAAAAAUUAAAAUAAUAAUAAUAAAAAAAUAAAGACACACACAUAUUACGGACGAGAGUAAAGAAUAUUGUUAAAUAGAUUUACGCAAAAUAAAGAAAAUAAAUAUUAAAAAAAAUAGCAUAAAUAAAGAUGAGGAAGACGAGGAGCAGCAACAACACGAUGAAUAAUCAAAAGCAAAUAGUAGAAAAUAUAAAAGGUGCAGCAGAAGCAGAAUUAAUAUAAAGAUAUAAAAAAAAAAACGGAACAAAUAGCAAAGAAAAUAAAGCACAGACAACAAGAAUUAAUUUCAGACUCACAUAAUUCAAAUUUUUAAUACACCCGAUGCAAUUGACAUAAGCUAAUAUAGAAAACCUAACUAUAAAGAAAAACUCUUAAAAAAAAAAAAUGAAAUGAAGGGAAAACCAAAGUGAAAGAAACAUUUUUUGAGAGAUUUUCAACUAGUUUCCAUUUCAUUUGUAUCGAUUCUUACUUUGCCCUUACUUCCCUCCCGAGCAGACAGUCAACUAGUCUUCCUUAGUUUAGGCGAAAACUAAAUUUAGUUUAUGGUUUUUAAAACAAACCCCCCUUCCCCCAACCCCAACAACCCCCACACAACCCUCCACAGGAAAUACGUCUAAAGGGCACCUCAUCUAUGGCAUCGAAAAUAUGUUUCUUGAUUUUUCAAAACUGAACACUUUUUAGCGCUUCCAAGAAAAAUGGCCAAAUUUUGUAGGAAAAGUGUAAAACAACCAAUUUUCAAAUUAAGCAAAUCAUUUAAUUUAAAGCGAAUGAAAACAAACGAAAAUAAUAAUACUACUCUUAAAAAAAAUAAUAACAAUUUUUAAAUAAUUUGCACAUGGAAAAUUAUACAAAUAAAUACAAAGAAAAAUUCUUAUGCAUUACUAUCAAAGGCACCUUUUGUAUGCGAAAGGCAUCGGGCAUAUAUAAAAAAAAAAACAAAAACAAACAAGCAAAAUAGUUAAUUCAAGUUUUAAUAAACGAUUUUAUUUUCAACAAAUUUUAUAAAAAAUAUAACGCAAACUAAUGCAAACAGGAGGAAUAAACCGAAUAUUUUAAAUGCACACCACAAAAAAGAUAAAAUCCAGACAACUUUGCGGCACAAUUUCGAAAGCAAAGUGGAAAAGAAAGUCGGCUGUGCUCGACUAGGGGAUACCCUGAACCCAGCGACAAGCUGCCCUGGGAAAUAUUCACGUUUUCUUAUAAGCAGAGCGCUUCUUCUUCUAUGCGCUGUUCCUUGUGAAAAAAAGCAUUCCCGUAUAACUUCGGUGUUUAUUGUCCCAUCUCUAUGAGACUUUCAGGACUUGAUUAUGACACCCAAAUGUGUGUGCAUACCAAAGCGCAAGGUUCUAACUUUUAUUCUGAUCUAAUUUUAGAUCUUUAAACUACGGUAACCUCCAUGCCAUGCCCCAAACUCCAUUUCUCAGCAUCGACAUUUAACGAUCAUGAAAAUGUGAGAAGUGGAAUGUACAUAUACUCCAAAUUCCCAGACUCUUUCUUGUGUCAGUCUCAAUGGGUUCAGGGUAGAUAAAAGAUAACACACAAUAGACGAGUUACGAAUCGAAAAUAAAUAGAGUUAUGUACACCAAAUUUGAAUGAAACUGCCUAAAAAGAAACUUAGCCUAUAAGCAUCACAAAAUAGUUGUUUAACAAUGACGAUAGUUGAUAGUUUAAUUGAUUUUUAUGACGUGGAGAUAUUUAAGAUUUAUUAUUUUCAAAUUGUAUAUAAAAACUGAUGAAGCAGCAGCAGCCGCAGCAGGAGAAGCGCAAAGUAGGAGCAAAACUUCGCAAAAUGAAAAUAACAAUUAAUUAAAAUUAGUUAAAUGUAAUUACAACUAGUUAAAGCAACUCAGACACAAGUUCAAGCAGUCAAUAAAGCGAUAAAUACAUAUAAACAAUGCACCAUUUAAGCUUAGUAUAAUACUCACACACACACACACACACACACUCACACACACACACAUACACAUAAGUACAUUUGAAGUUUUGGUAAAGUUCCUCAAAAAGUAUUUAGUUAAAAGUGAGUUUUAGUUUGAAUACCAAAACCUAGCACAAUACUGAGUAAAUUUAACGAAAUCACGAAUACCAUAAAAAAAAAACAACAACAAACAAAUAUAUCAUCAUAAAGUUUUAAUUUAUUAGUUAUGGUAAGAGGAAGAAGCGGAAGCAGGAAGCUAUAUCUAGGCCCAAAGUUUUUUGUACAGUUAGCUGAGAUGAGGAGGGGCGGCUAUAGCUAAUGCUGAGUUAUACACCAUAUAUGUAUGAGUAGUAUUAUGUAUAUGGGUAAUAUGAUAGUUAUAUACAGACACAGACACACGCAUAUACCUAUUAUAUAGACAAACACACACACACACUUACACACACAGACACAUCUGCAUAUAAUAUAUGUAUGUGUACUUUAUGCAAUGAGUAUAUACAAUAACAUAACGUAUUUAAGCACCUAUAUGUAGCACGAGUUUUUUAUAUGUAAACAAACAAAAAAACAAACAAUUAAUUUUAUAUAUAUAUAGUAUAUGGCAAAAAGUACUCCCAUAGUAAGGUAUACUGGCAGUGUAAGCUAAAUGAAAUUACAAUUCUAGGCGCAAGACUGUCGAUAAAUUGAGGAAUAUUAUAGACACAGAUGAAGAAGAAGAAGAAGAAGGAGAGGAGGCA